AGAGGCGCUGAGGGAGAAAAAAGCAAAUUCGACUGGCAGUGUUGUAGAUGUGCUGUUUAUAGGGAAGGGACCCGGCAACACUUGCUUGACAUCUGGCAGUGCUCAUCAGGCAACUGGCUGCCAUAGUGAAACAUGGUCAUCUAUUUUUGAUCCCGAUUCUAUGCCCGCACAAAGGGGAAUGAUUCUCCCCUUCGUUCCACUCUCGCUUGCUUUUGACGAUAUACACUACUCCGUUGAGAUCCCAAGGGUAAGUUGUUAAGUAAUGAAUUUACAAAGUUAGGACUAGUUGCACUGUCAUUAUUCAUUAUAAGCUCGUGAUCUUGAUGCAAAACUUCAGGAAAUGAAAGUAGGAGUAUUGCACGAACGGUUGGAGAUCCUAAGGGGUGUCAGUGGGUAUUUUAGACCAGGAGUACUGACCACACUGAUGGGUAUUAGUGGUGCUGGAAAGACAACUUUGAUGGAUGUGUUGGCUGGAAGAAAGACCAGUGGAUUCAUCAAGGGAAGCAUCAGCCUUUCUGGCUAUCUUAAGAAGCAGAAGACAUUUGCACGCAUUUCAGGGUACUGUGAGCAAACUGAUAUCCACUCUCCACAUGUGACAGUGUAUGACUCACUAUUGUUUUCGGCGUGGCUCCGACUUCCACGGGAUGUGGACUCAAACACAAGAAAGAUGUUCAUUGAGGAGGUCAUGGCACUCGUGGAGCUCACGACGAUGAGGGAUGCUUUGGUUGGACUGCCUGGAGUGAACGGUCUGUCAACCGAGCAGAGGAAAAGGUUGACAAUCUCUGUGGAGCUUGUUGCAAACCCUUCAAUCAUUUUUAUGGACGAACCAACAUCAGGACUUGGUGCCCGGGCAGCAGCCAUUGUCAUGAGGACAAUAAGAAACACUGUUGAUACUGGUCGAACUGUUGUCUGCACAAUUCAUCAGCCUAGCAUUGACAUAUUUGAAUCUUUUGACGAGGUGAAUAAGUUAUUACCUCACAAUAUUAGAAAGUUCUUUUAGAUAGACUCAUUCCUUUG